AUGUCCUCGCUACUUUUACGUCCACGUUUCUUUUCAACUAAAACAAAUAACCUGACAGUUUUCCGAACCCUAUACCCACGAGUACGUAACGAUACCAAUAAUAAUUUAUUUGUUUGUAGUAGCAGCAACGUUGCAUAUAGUAUUCGUAAAUACGCCUCUUUGUCUCACGACGACCCUCACCACGACGACGAACACUCAACCGCAGAAACCGAUAAACUCCCUAAAGAGCCGGGAUUCAAUACUCCAUUCUGGCGUAAAAGUCUAUUUGUGGUGAUUCUUGGGUUUGCGUGGUAUCACGUCGAUAAAUACAUCACGAAAAAUGGUUUAGAAAGACAUCCAAUAACAGCUCUUGUGGAGUCAUGGAUCACACCAGAGCCGGUUAACAGACAGCUUGAGAAACCAUUGAUUAAACGUGUUCGUUACCCAGAAGCGUUCGACAUUAAAAGUCCGUACAACGUGAUCCCUGGUACUGAUGUUGAUUUAUCGGAUUUGGUAAUACGAAAGGAUUAUUACUAG